GACUUCGUCAGAGGAGGCGUGGCUUCUGAGGAUGGUUUUUGUACGCGAGGUGUGAUUGAGGCAUUGGGCAGUGAACUUUGAUAACUAAAAAUAAAAUGUCUGGAUACGCGUGGAGGACAACGGUGUCUCGUGCACUGUCAGUUUUUAAGAGCCAGACAACAGUCACAAGGAAUUAUGGCAGUGUGAUAAAGACCAUCACAUUAAUCCCGGGUGAUGGCAUUGGGCCCGAAAUUUCCAGUGCAGUAAUGAAGAUUUUUGACGCUGCAAAGGUUCCAGUUCACUGGGAAGAGCGAAAUGUAACUGCUAUUAAAGGGCCGGGAGGAAAGUGGAUGAUUCCUCCAGAAGCUAAAGAGUCAAUGGAUAAAAGCAAGAUAGGACUGAAAGGUCCUUUAAAAACUCCAAUUGCGGCCGGACACCCCUCUAUGAAUCUGCUGCUGCGUAAGACAUUUGAUCUUUAUGCGAAUGUUCGACCCUGUGUGUCCAUCGAGGGCUACAAAACAGCUUACAGUGAUGUGGACCUUGUUACAAUUCGAGAGAACACAGAAGGAGAAUACAGUGGAAUUGAGCAUGUGAUUGUUGACGGCGUUGUGCAGAGCAUUAAGCUGAUUACUGAAGAUGCCAGCCGCCGCAUCGCAGAGUUUGCUUUUGAAUAUGCCAGAAGUAAUCAGAGAAGCACGGUGACAGCUGUGCACAAAGCUAACAUUAUGCGUAUGUCUGAUGGUCUUUUCUUGAAACAAUGUAGAGAAGUAGCAGAAAAUUACAAAGACAUCAAAUUUACAGAAAUGUAUCUGGAUACUGUUUGUUUGAAUAUGGUGCAGGAGCCAACGCAGUUUGAUGUGCUGGUCAUGCCUAAUUUGUAUGGCGAUAUCCUCAGUGACCUGUGUGCUGGUUUGAUCGGUGGCCUUGGAGUGACACCUAGUGGAAACAUUGGAGCUAACGGGGUAGCCAUAUUUGAAUCUGUUCAUGGAACUGCUCCAGAUAUUGCCGGUAAGGACCUUGCCAAUCCCACUGCUCUGCUCCUAAGUGCUGUAAUGAUGCUGCGCCAUAUGGGUCUUCAUGAACAAUCCAGAAAAAUACAGACGGCUUGUUACGACACAAUACAAGACAAGAAGGUGGUGACUAAAGACCUAGGAGGAAAUGCAAAGUGCUCAGAAUUUACUGAUGAAAUCUGCCGCAGGGUGCGAGACCUCUGAGCUGGACUCGCUCUUCUUCCUCACUGCUUAUGACAAGUAAAUUUCAUUCUUGCACAAUACUCCGUUUCUCUGUGGUGGACCUACUGAAUGUCUUCUGUCCUGAGCACAAACCACUGACUGUACCAAGUGGCUUUUUAAUUUUCUAGUUCAUGCCUUUCUUUUUCAUUUUUUCAUUAUUUAUUUUCUAAAUAUGCUGCUUAUAUAAGACUUGCCUUUUUCAAGAGUACUGCUGUGGACUGGAUGGUGAAUAUAAACCAAUUAAAUGUGGGGCAGUAGUUUACUGCCAGCCUCUACUA